AUGAAUUAUUUCCAAAUGAGUUUUUUAAAGGAUAUAUCAAAAAGUGUCAAAAAUAUAUUCACAUCUGAUGAUAAGAAAGGUUCUAAACCAACAGUAAUAACACGGUAUGAUUUGCUUAAUUCUUCAAAUGUACAAAAUAGAAGAUCCUUUUCCAUGGAAAGGCAUAAGAAUCAACGUCAUAGGCGAGAUACUAUAUCCACUGAAAAAACAAUGCUAAGUAGUCGGCAUACUGCUUAA